UGCCUGAAUCCACUGAGCCUGACUCCAACAGAGAGGGACUCUGUUUCCCGGCAUCCUCGCCAGAUCAGCCUAAAUUCAUAAGUGACCCUCUCCGGUUAGAUUUCAACACUGCAAAAACUUCUAAAAAAAGUUCAGAACCUGUACCGGCCUUAAAGGCGCAUGGCACACUAACCUCCACGGACUCAAACCAGAUCUUUCCCUACAGACAAGCCAUCUCCUUGACUGCAGCUAAGUAGAAUCUUUGUUCUUUGGACAUGCUUCUAGCUUAAUGAGCCUUUGUUCUUGCUAUUCGGCUGUGUUAUACACUGACCUCCAACUCUAACACCCUUCAAUGCCCUUCUCAAAUGCCAUCUUCAAGAAAUUCCUUGGGGGGGAGGGAUAAAUUGGGAAAUUGAGAUUGACAUAUAUACACUACUAUAUAUAAAAUAGAUAACUAAUAAGGACCUAGUAUAUAGCACAGGGAACUCUACUCAAUACUCUGUAAUGGCCUAUAUGGGAGAAGAAUCUAAAAAAGAGUGGAUAUAUGUAUAUGUGUAACUGAUUCACUGUACACCUGAAACUAACACAACAUUGGAAAUCAACUAUACUCUAAUAAAAAUUAGAAAGAAAGAAAAGAGAGAGAGGGAGGAAGGAAGGAAGAAAGAAAAAGAAAGAAAAGAAAUGAAAUUCCUCCUGGAGCUCUUCUGCCCUGUGCUGGAAGUCUCCUCUAAGCUGCAGCUCUGUGUCCAUCUCUGUAGCCCUGAGUACAAUCUGCCCAAAGGUCCUCUCUGCACCUGUGCCAGCAAAGCUCCUACCUGGUAUCUCUCUUAGAGCAGGUACUUUAUCUUGGUUCACCAAUGUCUCUAAUACCUGGAACAUCUAGAACAAUGCCUGGCACACGUGAGAUGCCCAAUACAUUUUCAUUAAAUGCAUGCGUAGGUAGUCUUAAGAACUGUUUAUUGGAUGAUGAGGGUUCUUCCCCAGUUUUGCCAGACCCCAAACCAGCCCUCAUCAAAUGGGUGGAGCAGGAGACCCAGCUGUGAGGUACAGGUGCUCAGGAUCCUCUGGAGGAGGAAGCCUGAGAGAAAGCCAGAAAGAUGGGAAGUGGAGGUGAUGUCCCAGUGUCAACUGUAAGGGAAAACGUUUGUUGAGCAAGAAACACCAUCUAUAUGCUCUUUACUGCUGGCAUUACUAAUUUUCACUGACCUGAAUUUAUGACACCCACUGGAGAUUGCAAUCUUGACCUUCUCUUUCUCACUUAAUUGGCUUUGAGGCAUCCAAGUGGUCACAUGAUUAGGUCACACUGUAUGAAUCAUCCAGACCGUAGGUUAGUGGCAGUGUGUGAAUUCAAGUUUAGGAUGGAGGCAGUUCAUCUGUCUUCCAGGUCCCUGGUUCCUAUAACAGCUGCCCUUCUGGUUGAGAGUAUCUCUUCUGGUUGGCCCUGGAGUGGGUGGGAAUGUCCCUGACUUGAGAGCCCUCAACUGGCCAAUACAGUCUAGAAGGGGGCUUCCCGGGCUGGGUACCCAUCUGAAUGCUUCUGUCAUUGUGAAGGUUGAUUCUAUUACCUGAACAUACGUAGGCCUUGGAGAGUUAACAGGAAAAAUGGUAAGUUUUGAAUCUGCUGUUUCCCAGCACUCACUCAGAAAAAUGAUACGUUUGGAAGGGGUGAGCAGAAGUCUAUCUGGGAGUUGUCGUGAGGCUCUGGGGUCAGAGACACUGACGUGGCCUUGGAGCCUGUGGCCAAGGCUCCCUGUAGUCAGGACUUUCCCAGGCCCUCAGUCUGUGCCCAGCUUCAACACCUGGCACUCACACCACACCCUCAUCCCCACACCAAGUGCAGUCAUGCUUUACCUUUACCUUCAACUUGGCCCAGUGCGCUCUGUUUUGUGUUGUUUUCUUUGACCACACCAUGCAGCUUGCAGGAUCCUAGUUCCCCAACCAGGGAUCGAACCUGUACCCCCUGCAGUGGAAGCACAGAGACCCAACCACUGGACCUCCAGGGAAGUCCCGGCGCAGUGCACUCUGGAGAGGGACCCUUUACUUGCAGCUAGUGCAGUACCUCUCAUGCUACUUGCUGACUUACACAGGCAAGCAGGCCUACUACUGUCCCCACAGUGGGAGGUGCUUCAGCCAGAGGCCACUAAUAGACCCACCAGCUUGGUACCAUGGCCCUCAGGGUCUGACCCAGGAGUGCAGACUCUGCUCAGGGUUCUUCUCCAGGAGAGUCCAGACCCCUCUGCGAGCUUUCAGCACUACCCAGGGCUCUUCCAGUGUGCGAUAGGGAUGGGCACUGACAGGUGACAAAAAGCCAUUACUCUUAAUGGAAAUUUUCUAAUUUCUUUUGUGUCCUUCAGGGGGCUUGAGAGGCUCAGAGAACUUGCUGGGGUUGAGCCCCUGGGCAACUCUGCACCCUUAGUCCUUACCCUCCACGGACCACCCUGCAACAAGCCUCUCUCCUUGGCCAGGCUGACCCCUCCCAAGUUUUAAGUCUUCCCCUUCCCUCCUGCUGAGAUCAACUGUUUACUUGCCCAGCUCCCCUAGGGAGAAGCAGCCACUGGGUACAGGAUGUCAGGUGGAAGCCUCAGGGGGGCCUUUGGAAGGAGGCAAACAGACAAGAGCUCCAGAGCAGACACCAGAGCUGCUGAAGAUGUGAAGUGCAUGUCCAUGAAGUGUGUGAAAUGCUGUGACUGAUUUAAGUGGCCAAAGGAAAAAUAUCAAGGCUUCUUAGGGCAGGGUAUUUAUGAAGGCUUGUGGGAAGCACAGACUAGACAGUCAAUAAAUGUGUCCGGUGAGAGAGAGGGUUUGGAGGUAGAAAUGAUGGAGAGAGUUGGUGCCAUUUGCUAAGACAAAGACCCCAGGAGGGGCAGGUUAUGGGAAGAAAGGGAUGAGUUCAGUUUGAGCCACGCAGAGUCCGAGGUGCUUGUGGGCCAUCCAUGCCGGGGCAAGGUGGCAGGUGGCUCUGUGAUCAGGAGCUCAGGAGCCAAGCUUGAGCUAGAGGUAAAGAGAUGUUCGGGAGACGUCCUGUAGGGCAUGUCGGGGGAGCGUAAGCUUACAGAAAGAGGGUCCUUCCGACCUUUUUAGACCUCACCCUACUCUUCCCCAGUCGCCCCCACGAUCUCCUGAAACAGAAGCUCCCAUAAUUUCAGGCUUAUCAAGCUUCCAGUAGAGAAGGUUCUUUUACCCGCUCCAUUUUUUUUUUUACCGUCAACAUUGGGGGAAGCCUGCUGUCACCCAGUGAUGGCCAGCGACGAAAUUGAACGUCUGAAUUAACAGCGCGGAGCGGCCUGGGGUCUGGGCUGGAGGUCGCUGUUCCAAACCUGGGCGGGGCCACGGCUGCGCCUCCAGCGCGACGGGCGCGGGGACCCGGCGGGGAAGCCGGGCCGCCGCGCCUCCGGGGCCGGGCGCCAAGCUCUGGGGAACGCCGCCUCCGGGCUGGUGGCAGCGCCUCCUCGGGCGCCUGUAGCCGCCGCAGCCAUGUUGGCUGAGGGCUCGAAGACAAAGCCACCUGGAGACACCGGGGCGGCGUCAUCUGGGCACGAUGGCGCGGGAGCGAAGUUCGCGGGGCCGCGUUGCCGCCAUCUCUUAGGAAGGCAUCUUCCAGUUCUGGUUCUCGGUGCACCUUCAGCCACCCGCUCUUAGUGUUCAGCCUUCCCCGUGGGCCCUCGAGGGGCCGUCCCUGGUCUCCCGGCCUCACGACGGCGCCCCGACCCUCGGGCCGGGCCACGGAGCGUUCUGGAUCGCGGAGGCUCCGCGGACCCCGGCGGGUAGGGUUGGCGCUGGCCCGCCGCCGGGGUGGCACUUACGAUGGCGCCGCCCCCGGCCCCGCUCCCCGCGCGGGAACCUAACGGGGCCGGGCGCCAGUGGGGGACACCCGAGUCCCUGAGCUUCGCGGACGUGGCCGUAUACUUCUCCCCGGAGGAGUGGGGGUGUCUGCGGCCCGCGCAGAGGGCCCUGUACCGGGACGUGAUGCGGGAGACCUACGGCCACCUGGGCGCGCUCGGCUUCCGAGGCACCAAGCCAGCCCUCAUCUCCUGGGUGGAGGAAGAGGCCGAACUGUGGGGUCCAGAUGCCCGGGAUCCUGAGACGGGAGAGUGUCUUAGAGAAGCAGACACAGCAGGUUCCAGAGACAAGGAAGAGAAAGGACAAAGAGAAGGGACCGAGGCACUGGGGAAGAUCCUUUCUGUGGAUGCUCAGCCUCCCGGGCUGACGGCUCUCAAACCCUUUUCUGCUGGGUUUUCUUAUGGUUGGGAGCAGCCAUCGAAGGUGCCUCGCCGGGGUCGCCCACCACUCUGUGCCCAUCCCCCGGUCCCCAGGGCAGACCAGAGGCACGGUUGCUACAUGUGCGGGAAGAGUUUCGCUUGGCGGUCCACCCUGGUGGAGCAUCUGUACACCCACACGGGCGAGAAGCCCUUCAGUUGCCCUGACUGUGGCAAGGGCUUCAGCCAGGCCUCCUCUCUGAGCAAGCACCGGGCCAUCCACCGAGGGGAGCGGCCCCACCGCUGCCCAGACUGUGACCGGGCCUUCACCCAGCGCUCCGCCCUCACCACCCACCUCCGGGUCCACACGGGCGAGAAGCCCUACAGCUGUGCUGACUGCGGCCGCUGCUUCAGCCAGAGCUCCGCCCUGUACCAGCACCAGCGGGUCCAUAGCGGCGAGACCCCCUUCCCGUGCCCCGACUGUGGCCGCGCCUUCGCCCACGCCUCAGACCUCCGGCGCCACGUGCGCACCCACACGGGCGAGAAGCCCUAUCCAUGCCCAGAUUGCGGGCGCUGCUUCCGGCAGAGCUCCGAGAUGGCAGCCCACCGGCGCACCCACAGUGGCGAGCGCCCCUACGCCUGCCCGCAAUGCGGCAGGUGCUUCGGCCAGAAGUCAGCCAUGGCCAAGCACCAGUGGGUCCAUCGGCCCGGGGCGGGGCGGCGCAGGGGCCGGGGUGCCAGUGGGUUGCCUGUACCCCUGGCCUCUGGCCGAGGGGACCUGGACCCACCCGUGGGCUUCCAGCACUACCCAGAGAUAUUCCAGGAGUGUGGGUGAUGGCCUCAACAGUGACAAGGCAAAGGGUGAAGAUCUAGACAUCGUUUGAGGCCCAGGGUGGCCUCAGGGGCCUGAAACUCUGGCAGCCCCGGGGAGGCCACAGAAUUCCCAGCCAGAGUUGGACCUGGGGGAGGAGGACUGUUUCAUCUUAGGCCCUCACGAGCUUCAUCUGCUGAUACCUUGUUCCCUACUGUCCCAGACUCUAGAAGCCCCCUUUGCUGAGUUAGGGCUGAGGUUAGAACCCCCACUAGACUUUCACUGUGGGGAAGAAAAGGCUGUUUCUAAGAGGAUUGAGGUGGAGAACUUUGUUUUACCCACUGACUUUACUGCAGAAGUUAAAAACUGAUGGCUGGGUACUGAAUGUGGUCUGUAGCAGCCUUUAAUUUUUUUUUUUUAGCCCAGCCAGCAUUUUUAAAUGUUAUGAAUUAUUGGUUAAGAUUUAAAAAUCAGGAUAUUUCACACAGAAAACCAGGUUUCUGGCCUCUCUUGAAAAAUCCGAAGAUUUGGCAACUCCACCUGAGCUCCCACAAAACCACAAUUGGUGAGAGCUGAGGGGCAGUUGUCCCUUUGGAUGGAGACCAGGCUCUCCAGUUCAGCAUGCCUGCCACUCCUUGUCACCUCCUGUCCAGUGUCAGCUGGCACUCAUCAUGGCUCGCCAACAUCUCUGGCAAAGCAGGCCCUCUCCAUCUGGCAUUUUUCUACUCAUUUACAUGACCUGUUGGGUUCCUGUAGUCAUUUGAGUUUGCAAACUGUAGUCUACAGCAUUCAAUUGUUCUUGAAUCAGGGAUUCAGGUAGAGAGCAUAUUUGUAAAAGGGUGGCAGGAGAGAAGUAAAAGGAGGCUUUAUGUUAGAUCUUGGCUCGUAUUGCAUUUUAUGGUUUACAAAGUACUGUCUUGUCCAACUCAUUUCACCCUCAUAAUUGCAUAUGGAAGGAAGCAUCUUGCUUGGAGAGGACAGCCCAUCAGGAAGAGGCAGUCAGGACUGAAUGUUUUGCCCCAAAUGGAGUGGUGUCUCCACCUCAGCACCACUCAGCUGACCUGCACUUCCUGUUUUUGAAGGGCAGGGGCCUGAGAGACCCCUCUAGUACUCCAUGGGCCUCCCUCGGAGAGCCCUAUGGCUCAGGCUUUGCUAUUCUAGGCCCAGCCAGGAGGGCCUCAUCACAUUUUUGAACUGGAAGAGAUCUUAGCUUUUCCAUCCUUUUGCAUCUGGGGACACUGAGACUGGGGAAAGCUGAGCAACCUGUCCAAGGUCACACACAGAGUGAGAUGCUAGGAUUCUUUGUUUCCUGCUGUCUUUACCAUACCACUCCUGUGUUCCUUGUCAGUGUCUCAGCCAGGGUUCUGGAAGCAUCUCCCCCCUCCCUGAGAUGACACCCAGGCACUGACCUAGACUAGGGACAGAGCAGCCCAGUGUUAGUGAAGCCCAGGUACAAGAUGAGUGACAAAACAGCCACAUAGCCAACAAGGCAAGGGAGAAAGCAGCCUUAGAUGAGAGUUCCAGGGCCAACAAAAGCAAAGCUCGCAUCUUCACUCUCUUCAGGACCUCCAUCACCAGCAAAGGGGGACAAGGCCAGGAACAUUUGGGGUUAGUAGCCAGAGGGAACUGUACUAUUCUAUAUUCCCAAGCUCUGCACAGAAUCCCUCCCCCAUCACCCUGUGACUCCAUCAUCCAUCUACCACUCAUUCCUUUGUGGUCAGAGUCCAGCCUUGUCCAGGUGAUGGAAGCAGCCAGCCAUGUGCAGACCCUUUCUUGCCUCUGGUCAGGAUGACCCUUCCCCUCAAGUAGAAGUAGCAAAGACUUAUGUCCUCGGUGGCCUGUGUGCACUUCCCUUCUGAGAACUCAGCCCUGUGUCUGGCCUUAGGAAGAAACCAGAUUUGUCAACCUAAAGAAACUUCUAUAGGAAGAGGUACAAAACUUGGGGAAAAGACACUUCAGGUAAAGUGAUGGACUGACUUGAUUCCAACCUAAUCUUCCAAUCUGACCCCACCAAGAUCUCUCUUAUACUAAACUUCACCAGGAGGAUUGGCUCAUAUGCCACCUGUCACAGGGGGAAUGUGGGAGUAAGGAGAGGCACCUUGGCAGUAGUAGCUACCUUUGUGCCAGCUUUUAUUCCCCUAGAGAAGCCAGUGUCCAACCCAUCCUUCCCCUGCCCCUCAGCACUGCCUGGGGGAAACUCAGCCUGCAAUACCACUUCUCAGGUCAGCCUCAAAGCCAGAUCUGGACCCUGUCUGAGCUUGCCAAUUAAAGGUAUAAUUACUACUUUCUCUGAGUGCGC